AUGCCAAGAGGAGGAUGGCCUUUGUGUAUUGUGUUUCCUGUAUUGCGAGAAACUUGGGUGCGUGAUUACAAACUGAAGAAAAAAACAAAUGCUGUAAUCAUCAGUAUUGCAGGACGUCCGUGUUCGCAGAAACGGUUCUUGGAGAAGUUAACGAAAGGUAUCAAAACACAAGAUUUGUACUUCGGGCAAAACACGCUGCACGAGUCUAAGGCUCCUCAACAUGACAAUGUGGAUUGUCAGGUUUCUAAGAAGCAUCACCUCCAGAUGGUCAGUUACAGUGCAUUAAACGUCAAGAACUUUAUUAAAGUAGUUGAGCACGUCAUGGGAUUAAUAAAUUAUUAUACCUCGGUGCACAAACUGGAACGAGAAGAGUUCCAAAUUAUUGACCAUGAUAUCAGACAGUUACUAAUUAAGUACGGAAUUCACAUCCAACCUGCCAAGGGACAAGCUAGGAUGUGGGCUUCAUUGCGUUGA